GUUUCAGCACUCUACGGAGAACAUUCUGCGGCGAUAGUUCGGUUUGUACAGUCGGAGCAGAAAAACCAAACACAGAAAACCUCAUAAAAAUAUAUAUAUCUUUGAAAAAUUCUUUUUGAGAAGUGAAUUUCGCUGUGCCAACGGGAGGAGCGGAAGUUGUAUUGAAAUAUAUUUUUUUUUGAAUGAACUAAGCACAAGAUCGUAACAAAAACUACUCAGCAUGAUGAUGAUAAGCUGGAGUGUGCUUCUGCUGCUCCUAUUGCUGAAUAUAACCCUAAACUUGGGCCUGCACCUGGAGAAUCAGACACGGGAGCACGUCAAGCAGCUGAUCGCCUGCAAACAGCCCAAGGCGCCGGGCCUGUGCCGUGGCAAACAGCUGCGCUAUGCCUACAACAAGGAGACGGGCAACUGUGAGAGCUUCUAUUAUACGGGCUGCGCCUCCACGGAUAACAAUUUCCUGACCUACGAGGAGUGCCGACGCGACUGCAUGCAGCGGGGACGUUACUAGAUUUUACAAGUUAAUUUAAACAAGAACUAAGACUUUCUGGCUUUUCUGGACCUGUGCGGCCUGGACU